AUGAUGUAUGCUCGUUGGUUUAUCGAAAAAAACUUUGUCAAAAAAGAGGCUGAUUUCUUGAAGGAUAAAUUAGAAUUAGAUUUGAAAACAAUAUUUGAGGAGUAUAACGGUGGUGGGACGGGUGGAUCUCAAAGUGACUCUGCAGAACCACCCGUAUUAGUUGGACGAAUUGGAAAUCCCGACUAUUAUUAUGGGGUAUUUUUGCAAUCAAGUGGUGUCAAACCAAGUGGAGUGAAAUCUGAAUUAACAAAGUACCUAGAAGAUGGAUUAGAAGAUGAUAUUCCUAACUUUGAUAUCUUAAAUUGGUGGAAGGUGUAUUCAAGUCGACUUCCAAUCCUAUCUAACAUUGCGAGAGAGUUAUUAGCUAUACCCGUCUCAACGGUGGCAUCUGAGUCCGCCUUCAGUACCGGAGGAAGGGUGCUCAAUGAAUAUCGCAGUCGCCUAACUCCUAAAUCUGUGGAAGCACUUAUAUGCACAGAAGACUGGCUUGGCGGAUCACCUUCACCAUUGCCCACACAAGAUGAUAUUGAAGAGCUUGAGAAGAUUGAGCGAGAAUAUUUUUUGCAAAACCAAUCUAACGGAGGUAAUUCUUAUGAUACUUUUGAUGAGGAUUGA